CGCAUUGCAUCAUCCACUGGCCCAGUACAGAUCACACGAAACCCAUGCGAAUAAGGUUUAAAGAGUUUUAUACCUUAAAAAAAAUCUUCAGAUUCCUAAUGGAAUCCUUCGUGCUACGUAUGUCCAAGAAUCAGCAAAAGGUUUUUUCAAAAAUAAUGCUUACUACUGCUAGAUGGUCUUGAGACAAAAACUUCGGAGAAGAUAGGGGGACACUUGGCGACGAGGAGGAUCGCUGUUAAAAGAAGUACUUGACGUCUCCUCGGAUUCAUCGGCCAUUAGCCAAAGAAGUAGCAUUCAAAUUUGAAAGUCAAUUACUAAUUGAUACGUUGUUCGUCUUUGUUCUGUCGUCCGAGAAGAUCUUCAAGGAGUUUAUACAGUAUUAUUGUAAUUAACGUAAUUACACAGUGACCUCAUAUGACGAAGACGAGAGUACCAUCCCACGUAUGAUUCAAGGAACGUAUAGCACUGGCCACAUUGGAUAGUCACAGAGCUGGUUGACUUAUUUGAGAGACGUUGGCGGACGGGAAGCGGUACUUCGUUUUUCGAAGGGAUGCACAUGCGUAGACCUACGUAACUCAGAAUACCCUCAAACACUCUUAAUCUAGCUAUGAGGCCGCGUACGAGCAAACCGGUUACUUUAGGCAUUUUGGGACUGCUGUUUGUCUUGCUGGGAACAUUCUUAGGCUAUUACUGGCCAAUUCUAUUUCGAAGGAUUCUUACUCAGGAACUUGUGCUGUCACCAACCUCAAAAAGUUACAAUGCGUGGAAGAACAGUAGCGCGAUACCAAUCACAAUGGAAUUUUACUUUUUCAACUGGACCAAUCCAAACGAGUUAAAGAUACCCGGAAAGAAACCGAUUCUCGUCGAAGUUGGUCCAUACAGCUUCGUAGAGAAGAGGGAAAAGGUUAACAUCACUUUUAAUCCUGAGAACAGUACCGUGAGUUAUCUUCAGAGGAGAUUUUGGUAUUUCGAUGAAAAAAAUAGCAAAGGCAGUUUAAAGGACAAUAUAACGCAACUGAACGUUGUCACCGUUUCAGCUGUGCAUAAAGUUCGAUAUUCGUCCUACAUAAUGCGGUCGAGUUUAUCGUAUUUAUUAUCACAAUCGCCAGAGAUACACGUGGUAAGAACUGUGGACGAGUUACUCUUUACUGGCUAUAAGGAUGUUCUUAUCGAUCUGGGAAAAUUGGCAGGGAUGACAGACGAAACUCCGCCGUUUGAUCGGUUCGGAUGGUUUUAUACGAGAAACGGUUCCACGGAUUUUGAUGGUUAUCAGAAUAUGGCUACUGGAGAGGAUGACGUAAGAAAUAUAGGAUUAUUUAAGUUUUGGAAUCACAAGGACACCACCAAGUAUUAUAAGAGUCCUUGUAAUGCUGUUGAGGGUAGCGCUGGAGAAUUCUGGCCGCCGUUCAGGACGGAGGAAGAUAUUACGAUAUUCUCUGCGGACUUGUGCAGACCUGUCACGUACGAGUAUGAACGUACUGUUUAUCACCAAGGUAUCGAGGGUUACAAGUAUUCAGUUGGCAAGAAAACUUUAAGCAAUGACACAAAGAGACGAUAUCCUCACGAACAAGCAAAAUACUUUGAGCCAACGACCACGACUGAAGAUUUCUUUACCGCUGAGCAUUCCGGCGAAGUAAUAGAAUCUGUGGAGGAUCCAGAUGUCGUGAAUAUUGGACAGUGUUACUGUAACGGGGAGUGCAGCCCUAUGGGGCUGAUAAAUAUAACAGCUUGUCGUUAUGGAGCACCAGGGUUCGUCAGUCUACCUCAUUUUCAUAAGGCUGAUCCAAUACUCAGGGAUCAAGUUGUAGGUGUGAACCCAGACGAUGAGAAGCACAAUUUUUACAUUGUACUGGAACCUACGACGGGAAUUCCCAUAGACGUUGCUGCUAGAUUUCAAAUUAAUAUUCUACUGCAGCCGUCAAAUUUUGUAUCAACGUUCAACGACGUUCCCAAAAUUUAUUUUCCAAUUUUCUGGUUUAACUUGAAAAGUGGAACCACUGACGAUCUCGCAUAUUCCUUGCGACAAAUGUUAAUGCUUCGCAGUAUAGGAUUAUAUAUUAGUGUGGCAAUUAUUAUACUUGGAUUGCUGUUAUUAUUGAGCAUACCAACAUUAUAUAUGGUGAAAAGGAAACGCGAAAUUUCAAGAAUAAAAGGAAAGAGAGCCUUGGCAUCCGACAAGAAGAUGGAAAAUAUUUAUCUGGACAAAUCAAAUGUCAACGAUGAUGCUCAUACACGUGCCGAUUGUCAACUUUAUCCAAAAUUAUAGUCGUGUCAAUGACUGUAUGCCAACGAUUGAGAAAGAAUUCCACACAACUGACGGGGUUGGGCUUUUGAAUGAUGUGUGCUGAAAGUUUCGAAUGGAGUGUUAGUUACUUUUAUAAGAUUUAUUCAUUUUAAUUAAUUUAUUCGUUUGUAUCUUUCAUUUUUUUUGCAAUUUUGAAUUCCAGGUCCUAUAUGCAUUUAUAUUGUCUUUGUUUUUGUAUAUUUGUUUUAAUACUCUAUUAAGAAUACUUUAUCGCAAUUUUUUAAGUCGAAUUAAUUUAUAGCAUGCCCAUGGUUUCGUGUGAUCAAUUGAAUUCUUAGCAAAGAAUGAGGGUCGACAGUUUUUUAUUUGGAUCAAUUUGUCUGUGAAGUCAUUCUAUACGUUUAAAUGAGCUUCAAAUUUAAUCGUAACUCGAAAUGAUAGAAAUGAUUUUGAAUCAAUUUUACAUUUGAAAUUAACUUCAUAAGUGUUGGUUAAUCAGACCAAUAGGUUAUUCAAUGUCAUAUUUAUUUGAACUAAUUUCCUGGACACAGUAUUUCAUAAGUAUAUUCCUUUCAAGUCGUCGUCUUUCAAUCGUUACUAUUUGACUCUUUUAUUUGAGUCAUUGCAAAUGAUAAUAAAUGAAUAUCAAUUUUUAUUCUGUUUAUCAAUCAUAACAUUUCUUUGUACCGAUCAGAAAUAGUCUUUUAUCAUAUUAAAUAAAUAUCAUUUACUUCUUGCUUUAAACGCAUUGUUAAUCAACUGGAUCUAUGGGCCAGUCUAGAAACUUUCCGUUCAUGAAAAUGAAAUACAACCAAAAAUCAUUUCAAUGAUAAAAUAACUUGACUUCAAUUUUAUUCGAUGACUGGCAAUGCAUUAAUGAAAAUUUUUUUUUUCUUUUUCCUUUAUGGCUUUAUGCUCUAAUAGGACAGUUGAAUCGGAAAGAGGAAUUCUCAAGUCAGCGUUGCACCUCACAAGGAAAAUCUUAUAGAUACAGUGUCUAUGGACCUACAAAAUUUAAACACCGAAUCUGAACAAUGUUAAGAAAAAUCGGUACGUAGAACUCGAUUAAGUUUUUGUAAAAAAAAAGCCGGAUAUUGUUUAAUGUCACCAGAAACGAGAUGCGAAUCAAUUCUUUCUCAGUUGUUGGCAUAGAUACAUGUCCCAAUGCAGCUAUGCCAAAAUUCAAUCACAUCAAUAACAUAGAAAAACGGACCAAAAGUACCCAGAAUUCUCAAUAGUACGGUCAAAGUUCCUAUACUUUUUCCGCAGCACACACAUAAAUAUAUAUGCAUACUGUACAGGGUAACGUAUAAGGCUGAGAAUAAGAAGGAAAAGAAAUACAAAGAAUAUUUUACAAAAUUUUUAAGAAAUCGAGAGAAACACUCAGACACGAAUGAAGUAAUUCAUCAGUGUAGAGUCCGAUUUAGGUAUUAAAUACAUGUAACAGUAAUAAAAUAUAUAUAUUCUUAUACGACCUUUUCGGUACGGGUAUUAUCUCAUGUACGGUUUAACCUAUUAAUAGUUGACCACAUUAUGAAGACUGUUAGCAAAUUUGUAAAAGCUAAUGAAAUAAGGAUGACUGGUGAAAUAUGCGUAUAAGCACAUAUAUUCCCACGAAACAUAGCGUGCAGUAUACAAAUAAUUCACAGCUGUAGGAUCACGCGAUAUUAUUGCAAUAUGUUUUUUUUUCUCAUUCACAUUACCAUAGUUGCCUUUUUUGCGUGUAUCUUCAAAAACGAAAAAAAUUCCCUGAAAAGUAAUUUCCCUGUCGCAUCAUUUUAAUUUCAAAAUCACUUUCAUUCGUUCUGACACGCAACUUCAACGACAACAGUUUAGGCAGGAAAAAUAAUUUACUAUAGAUCUUAAGCUUGGAUAAUCAUAAGUUUUAUGAUUUUGAACACGUGCGAAAUUCCGCUAUCAUUUGCGUUAUGAGUACCUUUAAUCAUUAUUCGAUCUUAUCGUGUACAUGGUUAAUCUUUGUGCCAACAAAGCAAUCCUUACCUUAUCCUAGUGUUGAUAAUGAUAAGAAAGGUAAAAGACAUUUUUCUCGUGUUGUUAUGUGCCUUCAUAAUAGUCCUAAGUAGAAUGAUAGGUAUUUUAAGCUAAACUGAUAAAAAGAAGAAGCGGACGACACAUGCGUAUAAAAGGAUAUCUAUAACGACCAACAUAAGAAUUCUACGAAUUUAUAUUGUAUUUUAAUAAAAAAAAAAUAAUAAUAAUUUU